AUGCAGAUUAGAUGUGAUCCUAGCGGGACAGACGGGCCAUGUGAAAGCAAUAACUACUGUCGUUGCAAACAGAACGUGCAGGGCAAUUUCUGUAAUACAUGCAGACCUGGUUCUUUCGGAUUAAGCAAAGAUAAUCCACUCGGUUGUUUAUCUUGUUACUGCAGUGGAGUAACUACUGACUGCUAUGAAGCUGAACAUUAUAUGAGGAUCCCUAUGCCAGCAUCAAUGUUCGGCAUAGACUACGGUGGCUACUCCAUCACGAACCUCAACGGCGAUCUAGUUAUCAAUGAUCAAUUUGUCCCCGCGCCCAAGGAGAGCGAACUCUUAUACAUUUUCUCUAGUCCACCUGAUCAAACAUUGUAUUGGUCAUUACCUGUCUUCCCUGGAAACCGGCUACUGUCUUACGGUGGAUCGCUAUCACUGACACAAACGUUCGAAAGCGGUGGAUACUCUGAAACGUCGACACCUGGUACUGACGUCAUCUUUGUGGGAGACUCGGAUUCUGUGUAUUGGAGCAACCCUACUCCGUUGAGUUCCGGACAACCUCUUAGCUACCAAGUACCAAUUCGUGAAAAUGGGUGGUAUGUUCUCAAUUCGGCAACUCCAGCAAGCCGAUCGGUGUUCAUGGCUGUUUUAAAAAACUUAAGACGUGUGCUGGUGCGAGCAACACUGUCCAGAACAACGACGUCUACUGCCAUUGCAGACGUUGCUAUGGACACGGUUACCGAAUUGUCUCCUGGCUUCACACCUGCCAAAGAAAUUGAGCUGUGCAAGUGUCCUAUUGGUUACACGGGAACAAGUUGCGAAAACUGCCUUCCGGGAUGGUACGCUGACCAAUACGGCCGGUGUAACCAGUGCAACUGCAAUGGUCACGAUUGUCAACUUGGAAACCGCAAUGAGGUUGUAUGCAACUGUCGACCACCUUUCGUUGGACCGGACUGCUCUAAUGUUGCUGGAACCGGUUCGACCACUGAAGAGCCAGUAAUGCCUUCACCGCCCAAUUCUACAGUAAUUGUUAGAAUCACCAGCCCGACCUUUAAGAUUCAAGAAGUGGGCAGCAGCGUUAAUUUCAGUUGUCAAGCGCAAAGUGUAAUGACCACCCAACGCCUACCUAUCACUUGGACGAAGGUCGGUGGUCCCUUACCACAGGGCAGAAGCCAAGUCGACAAUUGGAGUGGCAUACUACUUAUUACAAAUUUGCAAAUGUCUGAUAGCGGGAAAUACAUUUGUGAGACAAUGGAUGGUGUUUCCACAGCUCAGGCUAUUGCUACCCUAAAAGUACCAGGCAACGACAUGACAAUGCCGACGGUGACGAUAGACCCGCCCACGGGCGAGUACUAUGAAGGCGAGAGAGUUACUCUCCGGUGUAUCGUGUCGGGCAAUCCAGCUCCCAGAAUUACAUGGCAAAGAGCCACUAGCCGCGCCCUAUCUCCGUCCGCAAAUACCUAUGAUGGCACUCUCAUCCUUGAAAAUGCGAGGCAGGAGGACUCCGGUGAAUACAGGUGUAUUGCUACCAAUGCAAUUGGAACAACAGACCGCGUUGCCAUGGUGGUAGUUCGCCCCAGGAUGUGGCCGAGCGACCGCCUCACUGUCUCCCCGCAAACAUCGCAGGUCACUGAAGGACAGAGCACCCGCAUCGUCUGUACUGGAACUUCGAAUAUGCCCGCUGGAUCUAUCGAAUGGAUUAGGCAAGACGGCGGUGAAUUCCAAGCAAACGUACGCACAGAUAACGGCGUUUUGUACAUCGAUAAAGCAGUGCGUGAGAACCAGGGUGUCUACAUUUGCCGUGCCAUAUCGUCUGGCGUACAAUCGAUUCCUGUCACACUAAUCGUCAUUCUUACUUCUCCGCCCAAUUCUGCAGAUGCCUCCAAUAUAACAGUGCCCGUAGACCGUUUAACAAUCCCCACGGGAGGCAGCGGUUCAGUGGAAUGUACGCCCAGUGGAUAUCCACUGCCUUUCAUCAGAUGGAAGAAGCAUAACGGUUCUUUUGGACCUGGUGUAAGCCAACGAGACAAUACCCUCAUCAUCUCUAAUGCGCAAGAGGACGACCAGGGCUACUAUCAGUGCGAGGGUGUAAUCGCAGGAGAGACAAUCGAAAAUAUCUUCGUUUACGUUGAAAUAGAAAAACGCGAGCCACCGAAAGUCGUGAUAUAUCCUCAAGGCGAGCAAGCAGUUCCUCUGGGUCAACAGUUCGAAUUCCAUUGCCGCGUGCUGGGAGGAGUUCCCGUGCCAGAUGUCACAUGGGACAGGAGUGGUGGAAGACAGCUGUCUUUGUCCACACAGAUUCUGCCGCAAAAUGUGCUGAGAUUCGAAAGCGUCGAAGUAAAUGAUGAAGGCGAAUACUCAUGCACGGCAACAAAUGUCGCGGGCCGAGCCAGUGCCAGCGCUGUGCUAAAAGUGCGGUCGCCUCCCGAAAUCACCAUCAUGCCACGCCAGUACCUUGUUGUAGAAAAUGGCGACUAUGUAAAAGUUGAAUGCAGAGCUACCGGAUAUCCUGAACCUCAAGUUUCCAUAAGUCGGGACGACUAUCGCGAAGUAGUGCGAGCUUCGCCAGGCAUUGCGACGCUUUACAUCACGUCAGUUACGGAACGCGAUGCUGGCAUCUACGUGUGCACAGCUACGUCCGCAGCGGGCACGUCUGAGGAACAAUUCGCUAUUAGAUUUGCCAGAGGCGACGGAGGAGUUAUUGAUGAAGGCGGUAGCGGCGAAGGUGAUUUAAAUACCUACAUUGACAAUGGCGAACCCAGAAGCAUGGUAUUUUACGAAGGAGAUCCUUUCGCUAGACUCGAAUGUGACGUGAAUGGCGACAAUCGUUGGAACAGAAUUGACGCACCCUUACAAAACAACGCCGUUGCCUCAGGAUCCGUGCUUACCAUCUACAACGUCUCAAAGAGCGACGCCGGUCAAUAUGAAUGCUCAGUAAUCGAUAGUUACACUCAAGAAGUGCAGCAAGCUGCGUACACGAACGUCGUCGUUGUGGCGCCGCCGAAAAUCACUUUACAACCGAAGACUCAAACUGUCUUACCUGGGAGCUCGCCAAGUGUCGAGUGCAUUGUAGAAGGGGACGAUAUCGUUGAUGUCUUGUGGAGACCUUUGGACAAAUCUAGCUCUAGACGCAUGGAGACGCGUGGGAACACUCUAACAUUCCACCAAAUCGAAGUAGAAGACGCCGGGAGAUACCAAUGUUUUGCUAGAAACCGGUAUGGCACCAAUGCAACCGCUGACGCUGAAGUCAUUGUCAACGAGGAGUCUGUGGGUCCGCCUACGGAGUCCCAUGAGAACGAGCAGUUUGCACACGUCGGAGCAACGGUACAUUUGAGCUGCAAUGUAACGCAGCCCUCUGUCAGGAUUAGAUGGACCAAGAACGGCAGGCCCAUACCCCCGCAAAGACAGCGGAGCGACGGCUCCUUAUACAUCCAGUAUGCUAAAAAAUCCGACAGCGGAUACUACGUGUGUGUAAUUGAAGACAGAUACGGAAGAAAAACAAACAAUUACAUCAACCUCCACAUCGGUACUGAAUGCACAGACAGACAGUUUCGUUGUAAAGAUGGAUCUCAUUGCGUUCAUGACGACCUUUUGUGCGAUGAAAUCUACGAUUGUCAAGACAAGAGCGAUGAAGAAAGCUGCUUGCUAAAAGAAAAGCGUUUCCUGCCGGAGAGGCUAUACGACUUUUACGACAAUUCUCCGUAUGGUCAACCCGAUGAAGAAAUGAAAUUGGUAACGAUUGACCAACCGAACAGAGCCUUCAGGGUAGGCGAAAAUGUAGAAGUGCUCUGCAGAGCUAACUCUAGAGACGUAAAAGCCGAAUGGGAACGUUACGCUAACCAGCAAAGGCAGUACGUGGAAAAUCACACUUACGGCGAUGGCUCCAAAUUAGUAAUACGAGGUGUUCAAGAAGCAGACGCUGGAUUAUACAGGUGCAUUGGUAGAGAUCGAUAUAACCGCGCUAGUUACGAAGACUUUAUACUGGAAGUCAUUCCAGUAUCAAUUAGUCCACCGCAGCCGAUCAACGAGCAAGACACGGUGUACACUGUCGCUCUUGGACGCGUCGUGGAUCUCCCUUGCAAUAAUAACCUCGAUGAACCCGUACAGUACGAGUGGAGACGAGAAUACACAUCGCUUCCUCCUGAUACGAGAACUACCGAGCAAAAUCUACACUUGGCUCAAGUAACGGAAGCGGACGCGGGUGCGUACGUAUGUCGCGUGAGCAACAGACGUACCGCGACCGAGGCGCGUGCGAUCCUGCGCGUGGAAGGUGUUGUUCCACAAUUCGGCGGUGAAAGCUGGCUGUCGCUCCCCACUCUGAAAGACGCCUACAGACAAUUUGAUAUCGAAAUAUCCUUCAAACCCAGUGAUUCCAACGGUCUGAUACUGUACAACAGUCAAAACUAUGAUCGUACAGGCGACUACAUUGCACUUCAACUAUUGGACGGUGUCCCGCAGUUCGUGAUCGACACCGGCUCUGGCCCGCUCAUUGUUAGGGGCGACAGACCAUUGCCACUCAACACCUGGCACACUAUUCGUCUUAGCAAGACUAAUUCCAAACUGACAAUGGACGUCGAUAACACUGGACCAUUCGUUGCGGAGUCGUUGGAACGGUGGGAUAUUUUGGACCUCGCCCAACCUCUGUACAUUGGAGGAGUGCCCGAUUACAACCAAUUACCCGCUGAACUUGCUGGCGCUUCGGGCUUCUUCGGGUGCGUGAGCAUGUUAAUCCUCGGCCGGGAAGAAAAGAACAUAAUGGUGGACAGUACAGAUCGGUAUGCCGUGCGAGAAUGCGAUUCCUGUACGCCGAACCUCUGCCUCAAUAACGGCGUCUGUCAAGAAGCUCGUAAUGAGCGCGGAUACAUAUGUUUCUGUUCGGCUGGAUUCGCUGGCCACAACUGCGACCGCACCGGGGAAGCAUGCCGCCCUGGUGUCUGCGGGCUAGGCAAGUGCACCGACACCACUGAUGGCUACAAAUGUGCAUGCCCCGUCAAUUACACGGGUAGAAAUUGCGAAGCCAAGCAGUCGAUCGAGUACCCAGCGUUUACAGGCAGCGCCUACCUUGCGAUAAAGCCUCCGAAAUCUUCAAGAACAUUCCGUAUGUCCAUGAAAGUGAAGCCAACGGCGCCAGUCAGUGACGGGAUCAUCAUGUACUGUGCGGAGUCUGCACAUGGUUAUGGAGGAUUCAUAUCGCUCGCAGUGCGAAACGGCAGGCUCGAGUUCCGCUAUGACCUUGGUGACGGUUCACCUGUAGUGCUAACCUCAAACCGCACUCUGCCUGCUAACACGUGGACAGACGUACGGAUCACUCGCAUGGGCCCUGCCGUCUCCCUCAAGAUAGAUGUUAGCGAUGUGUACCAAGAGGACCUAAAGUUACCUAAGAAGGUAUUAUUUUUCAGAAAAUACAAUUACUUUCACUUGCUGAAUAACAACACUGGUGUCACUGGGGGCUUCAACGGCUGCAUUAAGGAUGUUCAGGUGUAUGGUGAAAGGGUGGAUAUUGUAAAUGCUUCGAUUUUAUCGGCUAACGUGCAGGAAUGCAGCAAUUAUGAUGACAGGGAUGAUCGCGGAGAUAUACCUGAGUUUGAAAGUUUGUGUUCUCAAUGCCGUAACGGCGGGCGCUGCAUCACAUCGGACGCGACGGCCUGCACUUGCCCUACUGGAUUCACAGGACUAUACUGUGAGACUAGGGUCCCCUUGCCCUCACGCCGGCCUCAAUCCCCUAUCGACCCUUGUCUAAGGAGUCCGUGUCGCAACGGGGGCACCUGCAAACCUGAUAACACUGCUGCCUACGACCGCAACGGCCGUCUGAACUACACUUGCGAUUGCCCUCUUGAUUUUGCUGGAACCACCUGCCAAAUGCCUCUGAAACUAUUGCAAAGCGUGGGCUUCCUCGGCAACGGGUACCUGGAACUGCCUGCAAGUCUUCUUCGCUAUGACAAUAGGGAUGGGGAACCAGCGGUGAUCGCUCUGGCGUUCCACACUACCAGUGACGGCGUUUUGCUUUAUCAAAGAGAGGCUAUCAACUCUCCUAAUUAUGGCGAUUUCAUACUUUUACGCAUUGAAAAUGGCAGGCUCGUGUUAAACUGGGAACUGGGCAGCGGACCGGGCCGUCUUUCCAUAGACGAGGUGUAUGUAAACAACGGCGAACGACAUGACGUGAUUGCAAAGUUUUACGAUGACAACACUGUGAGCCUGACAGUGGAUCGCGACUAUACCCGAUCUGGUAGCACGAUCGACCUUUCGAACCUCAUGAACGCCGACUCCAGCAUUUACAUAGGUGGUAUCCCGGAGAUGUACAACCAUCAGCACUACGCCGGCCUGUCAGGUUGCAUUGAACAAGUGGAGUUGAUGGACAUGGGGCGGGGCCUCAACCUCGGCUCCGAUGCCGUCGGAGGCAAAAACACACAUAGAUGCAGGGAUUCCAGAAACAAUUGAUGAACUACUGUGUAGUGUAUGCAAGACCGCCGAGUCAAUUCUACGAACAUCUACUAAUAACAAAUAGUUAAAUUAAAAUAACAUGUCAAUUGGAAGAAAAGUACCUCUGAUAAGUUUUUGUUUGAAAAUCUUCUAAAUUAUGUUCGAGUUUUUGAAAAUGUUCACACUCUGUUGGUGUUGGUAAAGAUUAUUCAAGAUGACUGUAACGUUGUAAUUUUAGUAUUAAGAAUACUUCACCUUUCAGGACAAUACAGCUAGCGUAGUAUU